AUGGCUGCAAAUUAUGAUGUAGAGUGCUUCGCUGUCUCCGCCACUACUAACGACAACGUGGACAAUCUGCUUGCGUGGAUAGUGGACACCUUCGCUCCUAUCACAGCGACGCGGGCGGAGAUCUCUUCAUUUCGCCUGCAGUCAUUUUUGCAUUCUUUACUGGAUGUAAUUGCAGCAUGCUUUGCCCUUCCAAAUGCAACUCGGACUCCAGAUGUGGACGAGGAAGUAUCCAAGCUUACCAGCUACGAGGACAUUCGCUCCCUAUUAAGAGGUGAUCUAGCUGAGAAAUGGGAUGCCAACCUGAAACAUCGUCUCCUCGCCGACCACGCACAAUAUGUUACGGUACAUCGAAUAACACCAUCUUUGAUCCUCAAGGAAGGUUCGGCGUGUGGCCCUUCUGAGCGCGCCACCAUGGAAUAUGUUCUCCAGCACACUACGAUACCUGUCCCACGUGUCCACUGCCCGGACCAACCCCAUCUCAUUAUGGAUCACAUAGAAGGGGAAAUGCUAUCUGAAUGCUGGGAUCAGCUCUCCUCUUUCAUGCAGUUUCGUAUUGCGUGUACGUUGCGGCUAUAUGUCAGACAGUUGCAGAACCUGAAGUCCCAGCAUGUCGGCGAUGUGGAGAGUGGAUAUGCAGGGGGGAUCUUCUUUGACGGGAGCUGGUAUGGGCCAUUCGAUUCCGUCAAACGCUUCCGGCAGUUCUGCGAAUGGAUAGCCUUUGAGGGCUGGAGACCAUUUGCAUGUGCAGCCCGACUAAAUCAGCGGCCAAUACCUCCCUUGCCAAAUUCCUGCAGUGACUGGGCACCCGUCUUUACGCAUGGCGACCUCAACCCGAGCAACAUUCUGCUCAGCAAAGAUGGUGUCCUCUGGGUUAUUGAUUGGGGCGAAGCCGGCUUCUAUCCGUCAUGUAUGGAGACACUUGUCAUGCGCCACCAUGAUACGGUGGUGCAUGCAGAAGACCAUCCGCCAUCAUGGAAGCGCUACAGGGAGUUCAUUGCAGGUAUAGCUACGAAGGAGGAACAGGAAUUCUGGGGCCAUUUUCAUACAGCUAUUCAUCGUUUUCCCGGCAGAGAUAUACAGUAA